AUGUUGCUUGUGGAGUUUAUACAGCCUGGAACAACAAUUAAUGCAGAUUCAUAUUGUGAAACAUUGCGACGCUUACAGAGAGCUAUUCAAAACAAACAAAGAGGCAUGAUGACUUCUGGAAUUGGUCUGAUCCAUGACAAUGCCCGUCCUCAAAGCACUCGUGUAACCCAGCAGCUCCUUCAGCAAUUUGAAUGGGACAUUUUCGAAAACCCACCAUAUAGUCCCGACCUAGCACCGAGUGAUUUUAAUCUUUUCCCUGAACUGAAGCAGUGGCUUGAGGGGCAGCACUUCCAAAAUGACGUGGAGCUGAAGAAACGGUCACAACUCACUCCAAUCAUUGCGGGGACUUUUAUGAAGAAGGUAUUGCAAAGCUGUUCACAGAUAUGGCAAAUGCUCCUCAAUCGUCAAGGUGAUUGUGUAGAGAAAUAA